CCCUUUCACUGUGGCAACCUCCGCCGACGCUUCUCCUCCACAAAACCCUCCACCGCCCUCUCUCUCAUCACCACUAAAGCUCGCCUCCUCCACUAGAUCGAGAAUCAGAUUCAGUCAUCUUAAAUCCUCUUUUCUUCUUCAGUUUCCUCUCUAUUGAUCGUUCCCAGAGCAUGCGAGACGCCCUUUGCUUUCUCGCUGUUCAUGGAUCAUCCAAACAAACAUUUCAUCUCUCUUCCGGCUUUUCGAUCGAAUUAAUUUUCUUAAUUUUCAUUUGAGAUCAAGCGCUCUAGGUUUUUGUAAGCCGCUUUUGGCUGUUUUUUCGCAGAAAGCGAAUCCAGUCCCAUCAUGGAAUGCUGCAAGGCAGAACAAGCCACAGAUACCACUUGUUCCCCCGUCGUCGGAGGGCUCUUUGUGGUCCUUUCAGACGAUAUCAUCCUCAACAUCCUCGCAAACCUGGAGUCCGACCCUCGCGACUGGGCUCGACUCGCUUGUGUCUCCACCCGCUUCGCCUCCCUCUUACGCAACGUCUGCUACCGAGAGAAGUGCUUCCGCUCCUCACCAUCCCUAGCCUCCGACCUGGGCAAGAACCCCCCAUCCGGUCCUCCAGGAGGCUGGGCUGCCCUUCACAAGCUCUCCGUCUGCUGUCCUGGCCUUCUUCGCGCUGGAGUACUACUCGAAAACUCCGACUUCGGACUCGAACGAGAGAUCGGUCCGGACGAGGAUUACAUCCGCCGGUCGCCAGCGCCGCCCCUUCCUACCGCCUUUGCCGAGGCAGCUACCAUCACCACCACCAGCACGACAACUACGCCGCCUUCCAUUUCUCCUUCUGAUUGCUGGUCUUUAUUUGAUGAUCUCUACUUUGAUACCAUCUAUGAUAUAUCCGAAACUCAUGAUCCAACUCCUUCUCCACCUGAAAAUGAAAAUGCAUGGGGCGCAAUGCCUCGUACAAGUUACCAGGAUGUUUCAAAGAAGAGAAAGAUCGAUGGUGUUUACAGCAGCCCAGUGACUGCCCAUUUAGCCUCUGGAGCUUGGAAUCUCAGCAGGGAACAAGGUAGCAAGUUGCUGGCUAAUAGAUUCAGGGAUGAUUCCCUUUACAUCUGUGAGUGGCCUGGAUGUAUCCAUGUUGAAGAGAAGCGGAAUUAUAAGCUAUUUAGGGGCCUAUUUAAGAAUUUCAAGCGCUCUAGGGUUUGGAGAACCAUAAAUGAAAGCAAACGGAGCAAGAUUGAGCUGAACUGUGCCUUCUGUGAUUGUAAAGAAAUUUGGGAUCUUCAUUCUGCUUUCUGCCUGAGGACAGUGUUUGGGUUCCAUGAUGAUGGAGAGCCUGUUGUACGAGCUUACGUUUGUGAGAAUGGACAUGUUUCAGGGGCUUGGACGGACAGACCAAUGUUUUCAUGAAGAGUAUGCCAUGGGAUUUGCAUUUCUUUAAUAUUUGCUUUUGGUAUAUCCAAUUUGACUCUCUGCACUGCCUUUUCAGUUGAUUACUUGUUUA